AUGGCUAUGGUUUUACAGCUUACCACGUUUCUCCAACAGUAUUUAUACUCUAGACCCGACGUCAAAGCCCUUGAUAAAGAACACGACGCAGUGAAAUUGGGUAUCGUCGGAGGAUCAGCUAUGAUCAAUGCUGCCGCUAUCAUUCAUCCAGUAGAGACGCAUCCUGGAGCCAAGAUCAUCGCUGUCGGCAGUAGAGAUAUCAAAGACGCAGAAAGUGUCGCUAAGAAAUACAAUAUACCUAAAGCUUACGGAAGUUACGAGGAAUUACUCGCUGAUCAGGAUGUAGAAGCAGUAUACAUCAGUGUACCUAAUGGUCUUCAUGGAGAAUGGGCGAUCAAGUCUCUCCAAGCAGGCAAACAUGUCCUCUUGGAGAAGCCAUUUACGUCCAACGGUCCCGAAGCUCGAAGAGUAUUUGAGGAAGCAGAUAGAUGCGGCAAAAUCUGUCUCGAAGCGUUCCAUUGGCAAUUCCAUCCAGCUAGCCACGUCGUCAAGAGUUUAGUUUCUAGUGGAAAGUUUGGAGAUAUUAAGAAGACUUAUGCUAGAAUGGUGACACCCAAGAAUACUAUUCCUGGUAACGAUAUCCGAUGGCAAUGGGCUUUAGGUGGUGGAGCCUUGAUGGAUGAAACGUAUGCCCUUCACUCUACUCGAUAUUACGUCGGGGGUGAUUCGAAGACUUUGCUCCCAACCGGAGUGAAACCUGUAGUUGUUUCCGCGAAGAGUAAACCUUACAGUGCCGAUAAGAGGGUAGACUCUGCCAGUUGGGCCGACUUGAGAUUUGAUCUGGAAGACGGAAAAGCCGUUGAGUCCAAGAUAUACGUUGAUAUGGAUCAGCCUAAUUUGGGUUUCAUCAUUCCCAAGGCUUGGCAACUUCCUGCGAUUGAGAUUGAUUGCGAAAAAGCUACCGUCUAUUACUAUAACUUCAUGAUGCCUCACAUCUAUCAUUAUAUCGCUAUAACAGAUAAAAUCACCAAACACGUUACCUACCAGAAACACUACAACUACGGUCCGAAAUGGAAAGAUGUUGGUGAUGUUCAUUGGAGCACCUACAGGUAUCAACUCGAGGCUUUCGUUGACAAAAUCAAGGGACGAGAACCCAAGCAUUGGAUCAUUCCUGAAGAUUCCAUAGCACAAAUGGAAACUAUUGACGAUAUUUACGAGAAAACAGGACUCGGACCUCGACCCACAACAAGCCAAAUCAGCAAAAACUGA